AACCUCAUAUCCUUCAAAAGGGUCUAAGAAUAUUUGAUUAGACAUGGCAGAGAAGGAAGAAGGACGACAGCGAGAUGCGCUCGCCGAUUCACUGAGUGAACUCAUCACCAGCGUCUCCACCAUGGCCAAGGGCGAGCUUCAGGGGACAAACAAUCUGCUGGAACUGUUGGAAAAGAUGAAUGUGAAGGUAACCGAUGAGUACAAAGGGUUAGUCGGAGUUGCGUCUGGAUUGAGGGUCUUUGUGGAGCAGUUGAAGCCCAAAAGUGGAGAAUUCGAAGAAUAUGUGCAGCAAAUUGAUGCAAUAGAUGACCAAGUUACAGAGUUUGAAGCUGUGGUUUCAAUGCUUGAUAAAUAUGUGUCUUUGUUGGAAUCAAAAGUACAAUCUGUUUAUCACACUCCUAUUAUUAAUCCAAAUAAGUAGA